AUAUCGAGAUGUUUCGGCGAACCUCACUGGUGGAGUAACGGGUAUGUAUAUGUACGUAGCCUUAUCCGACAACAGUUUCAAUAUAUCUCUGAAACAGGCUGCAUCUACCUUGUUUAAGAAGUUUACCAGCUGGAAGACCUGUUUGGCAGAACUUGACACGCCUGGGGAAAUGUGCUUAAACACCGUCUACAGCUUUGGCUCUCUGCUGCUGUUGUACAUGUGUUCUGGGCAAUCAGUUGCACUGUUUUCUUUUUCAACUGAACCUUCCACCGAUGUUUGUUUUGAGACAUCUGAGGGGGAUAACUUUGUGUUCACUUUACGUAAGGAUCUAAGCGACAACGGGUUUGGACUCAGCUUUAGAAUUGAUCCACAAGGAGAUGGCACUGCAACGUUCGAUGUGGAUUAUAAUCUCCCCUCUGGACCAGUCGGAACUUUCACAGUCCUUCCAUUCGUUGCAAUCCGUGUAUCAAUAACAUCAGACAUGACCCAAGAGCCAGAGGAGAGAUUCGCAUUAAGAUUUACAGCGGCUAACUACUCGCCAUUAGUGGUAGCAUUUUGCAUCCCUGGUCAACUUGAUCCGACUACCACGACGACCACGACUACCACGACAACCACGCAGCCUCCAUUGGUGUUCAGCGCGAAUGCGAAAUCAUGUGUCACCGAGAGCUUGGGGCAACUGGUCAUCCCAAUUAGGAGACCAUCAUCGGAUAGGUCAACAAUGACUGCAGCAGUGACCUACACCAACGGCGAUGCAGAAUCGACCACUGACUACGCCAACAAUGUCACAACGCUCGCCUUUCAAAACGGAAAGAUAAAUGCUUAUCUGGAAGUGCCUAUAAUCGACGAUCUGGUUGUCGAAUCACAGGAAGAGUUCUCAAUAACAAUCAGUGCUUCGGGCUACGAUGACGUCACCAUCAAGGGAUGCAUAAACGACGAUGACACUGCGGUUCUAUUCGACUGUAACCGGUACGGUGUUACCUGCAAAGCCGGCGUCUGUCCACCCAGCAGUUCGACUUGUGACUGUUCCUCCGCUACUGGUAGAACAGGAGAUGACUGUGGUAUUAUUCAAUCUGACAUAAAUGGCCCAGGCUGUUCUGGCAUGGACUGUGGAAGUAACGGACAGUGCGUCUCAAACGGGUCAACAGGUGCAUGUGUAUGUGACUCUGGAUAUUACAAUGGCAAAGCUGAGAAGUGCGAACGCAAGAGAACAACCAUCACAUCCUGUGAUAAAAACAAGAUGACAAUCUGCAUGAACCCCAUCAACCUGUACCAGCCCCUCAUCACGGUCUCUGGCUACACCUCUACUGAAUGCACUGCCAAUCCAGUAGGGGAUAUCACUGACACUGAAGACAGGAUCCCCUCAGACAUACAAGGCCAGUGCAUCACUGUCGGCUUCAGUGGCAGCUGUGGAACGUACACCACUACGACACAGGGAGGGAACGUGUGUUAUACAAUACCAUACCGCAUCCAGUACAACCCUAACAUGCUGGUGGCCUCCGAUGAGGUUGUAUAUGGCAAUUGUUGUGUCAACGAAUCCGGGCAAACCAUAUCCACAGAUGCCAUCCUAGCAGAUACUGCAACAAACUUUCUCAACAAACAACAAGCGAUUGCUAACUUUUUGGGAGUAAAACUAUUCGCCACGCUGAGUAAUGGUCGCACCAUAUCCAACCCUGUUCCACUUAACCAAAUCUACAAGCUGUGUUUAAACAUCGUGGAUGAUGGUUUUUCGUACCUUGGCUUGAUCCGCAUAAUCGUCCAUAAUGGUCAGACGGAUUCCUCGCGGAAAGAGGCAGUGGUGUUUGGAAACGAUGGAUGCAGCGACGAGUCCGGUAAGGCAAUCGUGCACUCCUAUCCAAGCAGGGUGAGUGACACGAAGAUUUGCAUGCAGUACAGACCAGGUUACUUCCGACCAGGGCCUGCAGCCGUGGUGCACGACAUGAAGUACAAACUGUGCCUCUCCGGGGAUCGAGCUGGCUGUCAACUGACAACAUGCGGAGUAACGGGAGACAGAAAGAAGCGUCAAACCAAUGACGGCAGAGUUGAGUCAACAGCCAACACCACAGUGUACUUUGAGGAUGACACCACGACAGCAUCGCAAACAAACGGCGAUACUAGUGUUUCUCCAACUGCAAAGAACUGCCUCCCUGAGAUGUCUGUGAUGUUCCCCGCCAUCAUCGUGGUCUGCAUCGUCGCCCUGAUACUCCUCCUGAUCAUUGUGUACAUGUGUUUCCUGCUCAUGAAGAAACGCGACGCAAACAAGAGGAUGUGAAGUCCCAAAAGAGUCGCAUGUCACACCGCUACUGAUUCAGCUUAAUCUGUUGUCAUAAUAAACUGGAAAUAAAUAUCAUUUAACCGCACUGUCAAAAUUAAUUUCAAUUCAACACACAAACAAAGCAAACUCUUUCCAACUUAUUUAGGUCGUACUGACACAUAGGUCAGGUAGCACAGAUUAGCACAAACAGCACAGAUCAUAGACUUAGUUACAAGUUUAAUUUUUCAUAAUGUUUACAAGACGCAGGUAUCAAUGAAACAAAUGCACAGGAGGUUUUUGUGAAUGUUGUGUAAAGCAAGCCACACAUUAGCGCAGCUACAUCUUGAUCGUGGCAUUUGAGUCUGGAAUCAAAGUUGUGAUUUCGACAUUUGAGUCCAAACAAGACAAACAAGUCACUUCGUGGGGACUAUGCAGACACACUCGAUGUCGAGGUACACUGCCACACAAUUAGUGUUGACUCGGUCUGGUAUUUUGCUCGAGCUACAUCACGACAGUCUAUUAAAAUUGAUAAGAUAAGAUCUUAUUUUAGCGUCAUACAUUGAACAUAAUUACAUGUUCUCAUUUACAAUGUGCUACCACCCAUGCUGUCAAAGUUAUCUGCCGGGCAAGAAAAAGGAUACACCCUUGUUUCAAGAUUUCUAAACGAACAAGACACGGUUGUCGCUGGUGAAUCAUAGUUGUGUUUUUAUCUACGUUUGCAGUGUUCGGUGACUUUUCAUCGUAUUAACAUCUUGAUAACGUCUGUAAUUUCGGUGAAAUCCAAUUUUAAGUUUAUGCUUUCUUUUGCCUGGCAGUUGACAUAAGUGUUAGGUCGUUGUUUUAUGCCACGGUCAAGGAAUUAAAAGGAUACAUUUGAAAUGGUCUUGUUUAUAUUAUACCAGUAUAUACACCCUACAUUACUGGGCCCCCAAAGUCAACAAAUAUUCGUCUGACCAUAUCGUUGAUGGAAUUUACACAACGGCACGUAUGAUAAUUAAAUUGUUUGAUUGAUAUAUCCUUUGUAAGUAACAAUCAAUUAUGUUUUCUAAGCGACUGUUCUUCUUGAAAAUCAAAUAAAGUGUGAUGAAUUGAAAAUGA